AUGGGAACUCACAUUUCCAAGGUCAAGUCUAUAACCUUGGACUCUUGGACACCAGAACAAAUAGAGUCCAUGAAACAAUGGGGUAACUUGAAGUCAAAUGCCAAGUGGAAUCCUUAUCCUGAAUUACAUCCUAUAUCAAUCAGUGCUUCUGAUGGUGAAAUUGAAAGAUACAUACGGAACAAAUAUGAACGGAUGGCUUUUAAAGACAGCAAGCCUCUACAAUCGAAAAAUUCUACUUCUUCAUCGAAACGCACCACCAAUAAUAAUACAAAAAGUGUUGAUCGAGGAAAUUUUGAUCUAGCGCUUCGUCAGCUCAAGGAUAUGGGCUUUGGCGAUAUGACUCGUAACCGCGAAGUUUUAGCUACUACAAAUGGUGAUCUCAGCUCAGCUAUUGAAAUUUUAUGUCGCUUAUCUGGUGGAAAAACGAAAUCCGCGUCACUCAAUUCCAACGCUUCUAGUAUUUCUAAUACUCUGCAUAAAUCGGACGACGAAAAACUGACUCAUUUGAAAAAUCUCGGGUUUCGCGAUGAUGCAAAGAACCGUGAGAUUCUUCGAAGGACAGGUGGGAAUGUAGAAGUGGCCGCCACUUUACUCGCAGAACAUCGACAUUCAGCGACGUUGGAAAACGUCUCUAAUUCGACCACCCAAAAUCCUCUUCAAUUACAAAAUCAAACACUCCUUGGUUCUUUCUCUCCACCACAAAACUCCGGUUCACAACAAUUACCCGGUCAAAAUCAAUCCUCGAACUUGACCGAUAUUUGGGGAGAGUUUUCUCAAGCGAAUAUACAAUUUCAACAGCAACAAAAAGCAAAACUUGACAAGAACGCAAUAAUGUCUCUUUAUAAUCAACCGCAACCAUCUGCAUACACUAGUAUGAAUCAGGCUUCUUCCACUGGAAUGAUGCAAAGUCAGCCGGGACAAUUUGGAAUUACAAGUACUGGGAUGAUGCAACAACGCUUAAAUCAACCACAACAAAGCCCAAAUGGACAGCUUGGCUUUCCUAAUCAGAAGAAUGACUUUGGUCUGAAUAAUGAUGGAACAUCUAACAACAUGAUUCCUUAUGGAAACAUUAAUCAAUUUAUGGGUUUCCCUAGUGUUGGUGCAUAUACUGGAGCUCCCGCGAAUAGUACUAAUUCUUUUGGAGCUGGGGAUUUAAAUAACGGAUAUAGUGGAUUGAACCCUUUAAGUAAUGGCACCAAUGGUUUGGCGACAAAUUAUGGCUAUGGUGGGAUACCAGCUCCAGCAACAAACAAUUCUCCUACUGUAAUGCAAAGUAAUAUUACUGCGAUGGGAACUUUUAGUCAACAAAGCUCAAUUCCUCCAGGUAAUGCGACAUCGGCAUUUGCAUUAAAUCCUGGCAACUCUAUGAAUCUGGGAGCUCCAAACUCUUCGUAUUCAUCAAUGACACCUAAUGGAGGAAUGAAUCAACAGCAACAACCAUUGACAUUAUAUGGUCUUCAACAUACUGGUGGUUACCCUAAUGGCCAACAAAAUCGUGGAUUUCAGCAAAAUUCACUUUUGUGA